AUGGAUGAAGAUCCCGAUUAUAAAGGCUUUGGCUUCAAACGAGUUCCUUGUUGCUGUCUUUGCGGAGCUAAGAUCUGUCACAAGGACGUCUUGCCAAAAUGGAUGUCAGAAUUCCGUACCGCUAACCUGAGCCUGGUGAACACAGUGUACGCGACUGAUUUCGAUGCAAACGCAAAGGUCUAUCUAUCCAUCGCCGGACGUAGGGGAAAUAAUAUUGUUGACACCAUAGACGUCGACCCUUCGGAUAUUGCCUGUCUCGGCAAGAAGACUCUUCGCGUCAACCUCAUGCCUGGUGGAUCGUGCAGCAACCUCAUAGCCGGGUAUCUCAGCUCCAACACGCUGUACGAGGCGUGA